AGUGAAGUCUCCUGCAUCUGCCAUGGAGAGCCUGAGAGGGGACUGAGGAAAGCAAAGGGUCUCCUGUGGGGACCUCGUCUCCCGUUCUACUCUCCGAGAAGGACACCUCUGCCCUGGGAUUGGAGCCAAAGUUCGUGUUGCAGGAGUCCCGAGACAGAAACCGUCUCCGUCAGUCGCGAACCGCUCAGCAGCAUUUUGCUAUGGACGUAGAAGAUGAAGAGAGCAUGAGUUCCAGCAGCGCCGAUGUUAAGGAAAACCGCAGUCUGGACAACGUGGCCCCCAAAGAUGGCAGUGCCCUGGGGCCUGGGGAGGGCGCCCAGCUCUCCAAUGGGGGCGGCGGUGGCAGCACCAGCAGGAAGCGGCCUCUGGAGGAGGGCAGCAAUGGCCACUCCAAAUUCCGCCUGAAGAAGCGGAGGAGGACGCCGGGGCCUGUCCUGCCCAAGAACGCCCUUAUGCAGCUGAACGAGAUCAAGCCAGGCCUGCAGUACACCCUGCUCUCCCAGACGGGCCCCGUGCACGCGCCUCUGUUCAUCAUGUCCGUGGAGGUCAAUGGGCAGGUGUUCGAGGGCUCCGGCCCCACAAAGAAGAAGGCGAAACUCCACGCCGCGGAAAAGGCCCUGCGGUCCUUUGUCCAGUUCCCAAAUGCCUCCGAGGCCCACAUGGCCAUGGGGAGGACCCUUUCGGUCAACACGGACUUCACGUCUGACCAGGCCGACUUCCCCGACAUGCUCUUCAACGGCUUUGAGACCCCAGAUAGGCUGGACCCACCCUUCUACAUGGGCUCCAAUGGGGACGACUCCUUCAGCUCCAGUGGGGACCUCAGCCUGUCAGCGUCCCCCAUCCCUGCCAGCCUCAUCCAGCCGCCCCUGCCUGUGCUCCCACCUUUCCCGCCCCCGAGCGGGAAGAACCCGGUGAUGAUCCUGAACGAGCUGCGGCCCGGACUGAAGUACGACUUCCUCUCGGAGAGUGGGGAGAGCCAUGCCAAGAACUUUGUCAUGUCGGUGGUGGUGGACGGCCAGUUCUUUGAAGGGUCAGGGAGGAACAAGAAACUGGCCAAGGCGCGGGCCGCCCAGUCGGCCCUGGCAGCCAUUUUUAAUUUGCGCUUGGACCAAACACCGUCUCGCCAACCCAUCCCCAGUGAGGGGCUUCAGUUGCAUUUGCCGCAGGUAUUAGCAGAUGCUGUUUCGCGCCUGGUUCUGGACAAGUUUGGUGAUCUGACUGAGAAUUUCUCAUCCCCUCAUGCACGUAGAAAAGUUCUUGCUGGAAUUGUCAUGACAACAGGCACCGACGUUAAGGAUGCCAAGGUGAUCAGUGUUUCCACAGGGACCAAAUGUAUCAACGGGGAGUACAUGAGUGACCGUGGCCUGGCGCUAAAUGACUGCCAUGCAGAAAUUAUCUCUCGGAGGUCCCUGCUGAGAUUUCUCUAUACACAGCUUGAGCUUUACUUAAAUAGCAAAGAGGAUCAAAAAAGAUCCAUCUUUCAGAAAUCAGAGCGAGGAGGGUUUAAGCUGAAGGAGAACGUCCAAUUUCAUCUGUACAUCAGCACCUCUCCCUGUGGGGAUGCCAGGAUUUUCUCACCACACGAACCAAUCCUGGAAGAACCAGCAGACAGACAUCCAAAUCGUAAAGCAAGGGGCCAGCUACGGACAAAAAUAGAGUCUGGUGAGGGAACAAUACCGGUGCGGUCUAAUGCAAGCAUCCAAACGUGGGACGGAGUGCUACAGGGAGAGAGACUGCUCACCAUGUCAUGCAGUGACAAAAUUGCUCGGUGGAACGUGGUGGGCAUCCAGGGGUCUUUGCUCAGCAUUUUCGUGGAACCGAUUUACUUCUCAAGCAUCAUCUUGGGCAGUCUGUACCACGGGGACCACCUCUCCAGGGCCAUGUACCAGCGCAUCUCAAACAUCGAGGACCUGCCCCCGCUGUACAUGCUCAACAAGCCCCUGCUGAGCGGCAUCAGCAAUGCGGAGGCACGGCAGCCAGGGAAAGCACCCAACUUCAGCGUCAACUGGACGGUGGGCGACUCGGCCAUCGAGGUCAUCAACGCCACGACCGGGAAGGACGAGCUGGGGCGUCCGUCCCGCCUGUGUAAGCACGCCUUGUACUGUCGCUGGAUGCGCGUCCACGGCCAGGUUCCCACAAGCUUAAUGCGCUCCAAGAUCACGAAGCCCAAUGCAUACCACGAGUCCAAGCUGGUGGCCAAGGAGUACCAGGCGGCCAAGGAGUGUCUGCUCCGAGCCUUCAUCAAGGCGGGGCUUGGGGCCUGGGUGGAGAAGCCCACAGAGCAGGACCAGUUCUCACUCACCCCCUGACCCCACAAGGGUCGGGGGGUGCCAGGCGCCUGAGUCGGGGUCCGGCGUCUCACACCUGACCCUGCAGGACGUGACAUACCGGGGGCAUCAGGGUUGGCACCCUCACCCGGCAUCUCACACCGAACCCAGUGGGGUAGUGCAGGGGGACAUUGGGUCCAGCCCUUCCCACCUGAGCCUGCAGGGCACAGUGCUCUGCCACAGGCUCUGGUGCCCUCCCUGCCCCUCCCUAGCAGAACCUCCCCUUUGGAAUCGCCCAGUGGCCGCUUUGUUCUUAGUUUAUGUUUAGAAACCGAGUUCUACUGAGUAGGGCUUCCUUACACUUAGGAAAAUAGGAAUUACUUUGUGUGAAACCCUUGAAUAAAUAACUUAUUCAAAGCUAGGAAUGUGGUUUAUCAAAUAAGAAGUAAUUAUGCCAGGUCAGUCCCCGCUGCAUUAUUUUAAUCUCAAAACAAAACAAGUGUGUACAGGUGGAGGAGGGUUGGCACUAGCAGUAGGGAGUAGCAACCUAGAAGACUCAUCACCCGUGUCCAAGGUCAGUCCCUGUCCCCCUAGGUACUCACUGGGUUAGUUGUCCUGUAGGCUGUAUAGACCUGUCCCGGGAAACGCCCAGGAUGGCACCUGACCCUGGGACCUCAUUUGGCACAGCCGGGCGCCAGACCCUCGUAACCUCCAGCCCUGUCUAGAAGCUUCUGUGCCCCUCAUCGGAUUGUACCUUGGAGACAUUCACCUGCUUUACUUCCAAAUAAUCAAAGGCGAAGGCCCAUCCAGGGAUCCGCUGGCCACGCAUCAUGGACACGAGCAGCUGCCCAAAGAGCUUUACGAGAAGGAGCGCUAGUCAGCGAGCAGGCGGCCCUUCUUGGGACACACCACUGAAGGCAUGGUUUUAAACUCUCUGUUUGACCUCGUCAAAGACGCGUUUGAAAAGCCAGAGGGUCCAGGCAUGGAGGCGUGUGAGUUGCAUGCCACCGGGCAGGGCCAACCAGAGGCCCUCGGCAUGGUGACACUGGGCCUGUGUGGAGCUUCGGUGGUGACUAGGGACAAGGAAGGGGUGGCGGUGGGGUACCCACUGCACACUGGACGCCCCACAGAAGGACCCACCCCCGCCUCUGGGGGAGACCGCCUCAUCUAUUGCCCCCACUCAGGUUUAGAGAGAAGCCAUGGAGAAGGGGCCCUGCUGGCUGUGUUUGCCACCUAAGGGUGUGGUUCUGGGGUUGAGCUGGCCUGCUGCCACCCACAGGGUGGGGUACUGCCCUGUCCUAGGGAAGGGCCAGGCAGAGCAACCCCUGGUCACCAUCAUGGCCUGGCCCUGAGGAUACAUCUGAACCUCUGCCCAUGUGGACCCAGGCACCCUGACACUGCCGGCUGGGGACCCCAGCCAGCCCACAUCUGCUCUAACCAGCAGCCCCUCCACCUUGGUGCUGGGGCCUGAGGCACCGGCCUGUGCGGGUGGGCUCCCCACAGGCGGGGGUGGGGAGGCCUUGCAGGCAUGUGUUUUUACUCCUCUCUAUGAGAUCAUAUUUUUUGUAAUGGGAUGGGAGAUGGACUUAGUUUUUAAUAUAUAUCUAUAUGUAUGGGUUUUAUCUGGGGAGUCCAGUGGAAAUAGACUGUGUGCACACACCACUGGGCCCCAACCCCCCACCCUGGGGGAGCUGUGGGCAGGAGCAUGUCAUCCCACCUGGGAAGGGGGAGCCUUGUCAAGCACCCCUCUGAGGGACCACUGCCUGUGAGGCCCCCUUCCUUCUCCGCGGCCCCACUGGGCAGCUGGGAGAGGCAGGCAGUGUGCUGAGGGGCAGGCCUGGGAUGGUGCAGCUGGAGCAGCUUAUCUGGGUCAGCAAUAGGGCAGCCCCUCCCCUCGGGUCUGCCCGGGGACCAGCUGGACAUGGAGGACACUGACAGGCCAUAGUGUUGGGGCGCCCCUGUGCACACUCUCCCCUUACCAGGAGGUUGGGGUCUGUGGGAAUCUGACAGGACUGAGAACUUUACUUCUUGAGGAAACAAGGUUGAGGGCAUCUGAACAAAUGAGCCGGGAGGAUUGCCUGUUGUCUUGCUGCUUCAGCUAGACCAGGAGCAUGUGGACCCCCGCCUUCCUCAGCAGUCCCCAGAGGCCCCUCUGGGUGGCCGGGAGCAGGACCACAGGUGGGCCAGGAAGGUCAGCAGGUUCAGGAAGUGUCAGGUGCCCGUGGUGCUUCUCACCUGGCAGGGCUUCCUGGCUGGGAGCAGAUGAGGCCCAGGCCCACCGCGGGACAAAGAGCGCAGCUCUCACCCCCAGGCUUUCACUCUGAGGUACCAGUCCAAGCUUGGGGUGGGGUGGGUGGGAGAGUUGUUAGUUAAAAGCACUCGUUCUUCAAUGUACAGUUCCACAUCUCUCAAGAUCGUCGUUGGUCUAGAAUUCACUCUUGCUCACUCAUGAACCGACUUUACAGCCGACGCUCCCUGCCAGCGGGCGUGUUCGGGCUGGGGGCCCAGCCCUGUGCCCGGGGGAGAGACAGGGCAGAUGGAGGAAGUAGCGGAGCCAGCCAGGCGGGCUGUGCUCUCUUCCCCCAUUCAGAAAGGAAACAGGACCCAUGGGGGACCAUUUCCCUUUCUAGAACUAUGUCACACACACAGGUGUGCCCACCAUUGCUUCGGUGAUCCAAGAGACAUAAACUCACCACUUUCUACCUGUGAACUCUGCGGGUUAGAGCAUCCCUCCCUGUCUCGUCCUAUGUCGGUCCCAGACUGAGCAGGGCAGGCUCCGUGUUGAGUGUGUGUCCCUGUCCCCUCCACCGUCAUGUGGCAGCUCCCCCUGCAGGUAUGAGGUGCCCGGUCCGUCCUGCUCCCGAGGCUGGGCUGCGGGAUUGGGGAAACUGCUCUCCUGGGGCAGGAGUAAGUGGAGGUGGGUGCACUGGCCCCUCGGUGGUUUCAGGGUGUGUUCGCUUUCUCAGGUCUGGCCUGCCCCUCUGCAGGUGGCUGGGGGUGGGGCGGGGCGGGGGGCUUGGGGAAGAGCUGGCGGCAGCUCUUGGGGACAUGCACAUGAGGAGGACAAGCACAGUUUACAGAACUUGAAGGGAGCCGCCCGAGGGAUUGGCUUUCCAGGCCUUUCGGUUACGCGCCCUGUAACUUGGUUUUAGAAUCUGAACGUUUUCUAUGAAUUGACCCCACCGGGGAACUUGUCAUGAAGCAGCUGUGCUCCGUGUCUCUGUCUGUACAUGUGUGUAUAUACACCGCGCCGCCUGCAUGAGCCGCCUCCACACGAGACCAGCCAGACCGAGCAUGAGACUGUCACAUGUAGACAGGGCGGAGACGCUGUCAAUAAAAACACCUUGUUUCACUA